CAUCGUAGUUUGGUCGAAAACAGGUCCUCUGCGGCCUUCUUACCCCAAGCGUUUUUGUUUCAGAAUGAAGACCAUUCUCAGCAAUCAGACUGUCGACAUUCCAGAAAAUGUCGACAUUACUCUGAAGGGACGCACAGUUAUUGUGAAGGGCCCCAGAGGCACCCUGCGGAGGGACUUCAAUCAUAUCAACGUAGAACUCAGUCUCCUUGGGAAGAAAAAGAAGAGGCUCCGGGUUGACAAAUGGUGGGGGAAUAGGAAGGAACUGGCCACUGUUCGCACUAUCUGUAGUCAUGUACAGAACAUGAUCAAGGGCGUUACACUGGGCUUCCGUUACAAGAUGAGGUCUGUGUAUGCUCACUUCCCCAUCAACGUUGUUAUUCAGGAGACUGGUUCUCUUGUUGAAAUCCGAAAUUUUUUGGGUGAAAAGUACAUCCGCAGGGUUCGGAUGAGGCCAGGUGUUGCUUGUUCAGUAUCUCAAGCCCAGAAAGAUGAGUUGAUUCUUGAAGGAAAUGACAUUGAACUUGUGUCAAAUUCAGCUGCUUUGAUUCAGCAAGCCACAACAGUUAAAAACAAGGAUAUCAGAAAAUUUUUGGAUGGUAUCUAUGUUUCUGAAAAAGGAACAGUUCAGCAGGCUGAUGAAUAAGAUCUGAGUGAUCCAGUUACAGAAACUGCAAGAGGCCAGACUCAUAUGUGAUAUUUUAAAAACGAAUAAAAGCUCUUUUGACUUGGGACUUUCUCUUAAA